ACAUUUGUAAUUCAAAGAUUGAAUGAUCAUUGAUUUAUUUUCAAUUGUUUGAAUAAGAUAUGUGUAUGUAUAAUAGUAUCACAUAUAUUUUUUUAAACAUUUGUUAUUUGAACUAGUAGUUUCAGCUUCUCAUUCGUAAUCCUUAUGUUCUGGAGAUAAAGUAAAGAAUGUAUUGAUCAAAAAUACGAUAACGAAUAAUGAUUACAUAUUAACAAAACUUUUGUUACAAAACAUGUGUACUAUAUCAUACAAGCGUGGUAUGUUUAAAGCCACAUAUGACACCAAUUUAUUAAUUCAUUACAAUAUGUAAUAAAAUGAAAUGAUCUUAUGGAAUGGCUGAAUUGCAUAUAAUUGGUCGAAUUUCGUCCGCAAAAGAUUUCACACAAACACGACUUUUAUGCAAGUGGAGUUUUCAUGCCGGUAGUGGAUGGAAAAUUUUAGAUGGUUGUGAAGAGGGACAAACUCAAGAAAGUUGUGAUCUAUAUACAAAUAAGCCAGUUUGGGACCAUCCCAUAGAUGUACACUAUACAACACAAACUCUUCAAAAUUCACCAAAACUUUUGUUACAAAUAUUUCAUAGAGAUACACAUGGAAGAGUAUUAUUUGGGUCAUAUGGUGUUUGUAAUAUCCCUUUAUCUCCUGGAUUGCAUUCAAUAAAGUGUCAUACGUGGAAACCAAUUGGUAAUUGGAAAGAUAGAUUAAGAGAUAAGUUUUUGGGAAUAACUUUACAAUUAAAAUCACCAAGUGUUUUAGUUAAUUCCUUGGAUAGAUUUGAGUUACUUACAGAAAGUAUGGGUACAGUAAAAAUUGAAUUGCAUAUAAUUGCACGAAAUUUUGAAAAAUAUGGAUGUCAUAUUAUAAAGCAUAUAGAAACAAAAGUCAACAUGUUUACAACAAAAUUUAUGUUAAUGGUUUUAUACCUUAUAUUAAAUGAAUCAAUAUAUGCAAAGAAACUUGAAGAAAUAUUUACAUGUAUGAAUGAAACAGAAUGCGAUGAACUAAUGGAAAAGGACAUUUUAGAAGAAACUUUAAGCACUACUGCUGAAAAUAUUUAUAACAUAACUAAUAACAUUAUCAGUAGUUCUAUGUAUCCAACGCAAACUCCAAAAAUUCAAAUAAUACCAACUACAGAGAUGCCUCAUAAAAUACAGUUCAAUAAUGAAUUCAGAAAUCAAAGUGUAUAUAAAAUGCAUUCUGAUAUAUGUGAAUGUGAUUUAACAGUAUCAUCUUGUGACAUUAAUUGCUGUUGUGACAAAGAUUGUAACAGCUUCCAUUUUACUGUGUUUUCGUACUGUGAAAGUCAUCAACCAGAAUUAUUUGAUAAACGUUAUUGUUAUAAUACAAAUUUUAUACAACGAAAUAAUACUCCAUUUAUACUUGAAAAAUUGGCAAACAAUCUCUUUUGUAUUUUAUAUGAUAAUCUUCCACCUACUUAUGAUAUUAACAAUAAAUUGGAUAUAAAAACCGAAAAAGAUUUAAGAAAAGCAAUAAAUUCAAAUAGACCAACAUGGAAAUGGGAAGACCAAUUACAUGUAUCUGGAUAUAAUACUUUUAGUCAUUAUCAAGAUGAUAGUGUUAUGUGGAUAGUAUAUAAUAAUUAUAUUCAACCUUUUGAAAUACUACAAUCUGGAUUUACUCCAUUGUGUUCUUUUAAGAAAACUUUAAAAUAUCUUCAUGGUUGGAAAAAUCAGUGUUUGCAAACUGAAUUAAUUAACACAAAUAAGUUUUUAUUUCCUAUGGCAUUUAAUAAUUUUACAGUUAUAGUAUCUCCUCAAUUAUUAAAUGAAACAUAUAUUCAAAUAUUGGAUCAGGUUUGCCCCCAAAAUGUAUGUUUAUCUUUAACUAGUUAUUAUUGUAAACAUUAUUGGAAAACUUGUAGCAAUAAUACUGUAUUAGGAUCAUGUUCCAAUGGAAAGUGUUAUAACAUUGUAACAGGUGUAAAGUACUUGAUUGUUCACAAUGGCUCUAUGGGAAUUAAUAAUGUUGAUGUAUAUUUUAACAUAGGUAAUGUUUCUCGACAUUUUUAUCAACAAUUUGAAGUAACUUAUGAAUGGGCAGAAUUGGAUAAAGAGAAAAGUUUCUUUCUGAGUGGUAAUCCUGGUUAUAUUAUUGGAAGACCUUUAAUUAUUGGCACCUUAAAAAUAAAUAAGACUAAUAAGGUGGAAACUAGAUACAUCAAUUUUAAUAAAACUAGUAGUUUUUUGACAUUACCUAUAGCUACAAAAGCUGGCGAAUGUAAUAAAAUCGACAGGUAUACUCUUACCUUUGGAGAAGAUAUUAAGCUAAAGUGCUCUGUAUUUAUACACACUAAUAAUUUUAGUACAAUGUCUUGUAUAAAGUUACAAAAUCUUACUAUGCAUUUUUUAAUGAAAGAUUCUCUAUUUAAUGUUACACAAACAGACCAGUACAAUAUUUAUGUUGCAAAGACAGGCAAUUUUUCCAGCGAUGAUAUCACUGAUUGGACACAAAUUUUACUGGAUAGAAUACCACAAAAUAUUACAGUAGCACAGGUUGUUAAUGGUCGUUUAUAUUGUUCAGGACUAAUAACAUCUAUACAUUUAAACAUUUUAUAUUCUACUUUAAAAAAAUCCGAAACAUUAAACAAUUACAUUAUAGUAGGGAUUGGUAUUAAAUUUUCUGCAGAAUCCAAUAUGUCUUGGUCUAAAUGUUUAUAUGAAAACUGUUCAGAUAUACUUAAAACAGACAUUAUUAGUUAUGUUACAUUUCAUGAUAUAUCAAAGCCAUCAAAGUAUUACUUUGCAGGAGGACCUAACUUAGAUGUUACUUUGCCAUAUGAUUUUUUUUACCCUUUUUUGAGUAGUUCAACCUGUAUUAAGUCAAGUAUCUUUUUAAUCAGUAUAAUAUCGACUGUAGCUUUGCACAAUUUAUCUUAUUGAUCUUAAUUAUUAAAGUAUAUAUUUCAUUUUUGUACUUAGGAUACAUAUUUAUUUACUAUAAUAUUAAAGGGUGAUUUUAAUUUAUCUUAAUAAUUUAUCUUAUUGAUUUCAAAAUCUCAAUGAUUACACCAAUUUGUUAUCAAAAUGUAUGUUUCAUCAAAGUACAUAAGACACAUAUUACAAUUUAAAUUAUGCACAUGGGAUACAAUAAAAGUAAUUUUACAUUUGUAAAUAAAAGAAGGAGAAAUUGUAUAAAAUACUAAAAUUGCUAUUUUAUGAUACAUUUAAUUUAUUUUAUUCAUGAAACAAUGUGUGUUUAAAAUAAAUAAAUGGAAAGUACUUUGUAA